UCUUCAGAGACUCUCACCAGUUUGACCAGUUCUCCUAACAAAAUUUGUGCAGGACUGUAAUGGAUCUGAAGGAAUACUUUAACAGAAUCGGAUUCACCGAAGUCUUCGUCAGACCUGACCUGGCCACACUCCGCACCGUGCACAGACUUCAUGUGAUGAGAAUCCCCUUUGAGAACCUCAGCAUCCACUGCGGAGAGCACAACACCAUGGACCUGCAGACCAUCUACCAGAAGAUUGUGCACGAGCACCGCGGUGGAUGGUGCUGUGAAAACAACCUGCUCUUCUCCUGGGUGUUGAAGGAAAUGGGCUACAAGUUCAGCAAGUUGGGCUCCAAAGUCUUUAACUCGCUGACAAACGACUACAACCCCAGAGAGGCACACCUCAUCAACAUGGUGGAGAUCGAAGGCCAGGCGUACAUCGCCGAUGUGAGUUUUGGAGUGUCCUCCCAAAUCUGGCACCCACUAGAUCUGAUUGCCGGCAAAGAUCAGGAACAGCCUGCCGGGGUGUUCCGCCUACUGAACGACGGUGAGAAGUGGAUCCUGGAGAAGACCGGGAGGAAGCCGCUGGUCCAGAACCAGGCCUUCGCCGACUCCAGCCUUAUCGACAGACGCCUGACCAAGACGGUGUACUCCUUUGUUUUAACACCGCGUGAAAUCGAUCAUUUUCUGGACACGUCUGAGUACCUGCAGACCAGCCCCGAGUCUCUGUUCACCCAGAAAUCUAUCUGUUCCCUCCAGACGCCCACCGGAUUCAGAGUUCUGAUUGGCUGGACCUACAGCGAGGUCACAUUUAAGUCUGAGGAAGAUGUGGACCUUGUUGAGAUGAGGGACGUAUCUGACAGUGAGAUAGAGACUCUACUGAAAGAAAAGUUUCAGGUCACUUUGUUUAAUAAACUGGAACCUAAAAACUACAAAGCUGCAUAUAAAAUGUAAAACAAACGGGCACAAUAACCUUUGAUAAAUGCCUAAUCAUUUUUGUCUUAAGAUGUUAAAACCUAAUAAAAAA